UCAGUCUGGAGUUUAUCGACACGGACUGCCGAGAAAAUAACUUAUUAAAGACUCGAGCGCGAGUAGAAGCGGUCAAGAGAGUUCACACUUACAGCGAAGUGCGUUUAAGAGUUGACUGAAGGGGACCGAGCUCGCUGCUGUUGUGUCUGGAGUGAACGAGCGACUGAACCUGGCCCCGCUGUUACGGCUCCAGCCUACAUCGAAAACGAAUACUUCACUCUAAUUGAAUGGAUUUGGUCUGCUUGUGCCACUCCAGUCUUCUCAGCUUUCUAAACCACAUCAGCAGGGCCUCUGCGUUCCCAGAAACUGAGCUCCACGCGACCAAACCCGACUUUGUUACCCUGAAAAGGCUCUGGAAACUGAGAACGAAAAACCAGAAGGCAAUUCAUAAGGCGAAAUAGAUUUUCCAUUUCUCCGACCUUCCGUGUCCGUAACCAGACGGAGAGCUGAAGUCUGCUGAUUCUGAUGACGUGAUUGUUCUGAUAUCUGGUUACUUGUGGUUCCCUCAGACGUCUGGCUGUCACCUACCUCGACUGUAGCACUAUCGAAAGAGAGGAUUCUGGGAUAGGUUCAUGCCGUGGUUGCGCCGCUGUAUGGAGGUAUAAGGGAGGAGCAGGACUCUUGUGGGACGCUGGUGGAGAUCAUGGGAAAAGAGCAGGAUCUUCUCCAAGCGGUCAAGAAUGGAGAUCUAGCUACUACACAGAAACUGCUGGCCAAGGUCAAAGCCUGCAAAAGCAAGUUACUGGGCUCCACCAAGAGGCUGAACAUCAACUAUCAGGAUCCAGACGGGUUUUCAGUGUUGCAUCAUGCAGCUCUCACGGGCACUACGGAGUUGCUCUCUCUGCUGUUGGAAGCUCAGGCUGUUGUGGACAUCAAGGAUAGCAAUGGCAUGCGGCCGCUGCAUUACGCAGCAUGGCAGGGUAAAGCUGACUCGGUGCUCAUGCUGCUGAGAUCAGGGGCUGCCGUUAACAACGCGUCUCACGACGGGCAGAUUCCACUGCACCUGGCUGCUCAGUACGGACACUAUGAGGUGUCUGAGAUGUUGUUGCAGCACCAGUCGAACCCGUGCAUUCUAAAUAAGGCUAAGAAGACUCCUCUGGAUCUGGCCUGUGAGUUUGGCCGAGUGAAGGUGGCGCAGCUGUUGUUGAGCAGUAAUAUGGUUGCAUCUCUGUUAGAGGGAGAUCGGAGAGACGGCUCAGACUCAAACUGUAACACUCCUCUGCACCUCGCCGCACGCAACGGACACAAGGACGUCAUCCGGCUUCUUCUGAAAGCAGGUAUUGACAUCAACAGAACCACUAAAGCUGGCACAGCGCUCCAUGAGGCCGCCCUCUAUGGGAAGACAGAGGUAGUGCGGCUACUCCUGGAUAAUGGGAUUGAUGUCAAUAUCCGUAACACUUACAAUCAAACAGCCCUGGACAUCGUCAACCAGUUCACCGCAUGCCACGCCAGCAAAGACAUUAAGCAGCUCUUACGAGAAGCUACAGGAGUUCUUCAGGUCAGAGCUCUGAAAGACUUCUGGAAUCUUCACGACCCCACGGCCCUCACCAUACGCGCCGGUGACGUCAUCACGGUGAUAGAGCAGCAUGUGGAUGGACGCUGGAAGGGCCACAUUCAUGACACCCAGAGGGGAACAGACCGAAUUGGCUACUUCCCCCCCUCCAUAGUUGAGGUCAUCAGCCGACGCUCAGGGGGCACCCUGUUACGACACGCCUCUCUGCCCACCCAUAGGCAGCAGCUGCUCUCCAGGUCCGCCCUCAGUCCCAGCUUGAAUCUGAGCGGGGGCGGGACCCCUCAAACUGACGACUCCUAUACUCUUUACACCACUAACCCACACCUGGUCCUCCCACACGCCAACGGUCUGAGCGCCAACCCAGCUGGGGACAGGAACAGUGUGGGUAGCACUGGCAGUGUUGGCAGCACCCGCAGUGCAGGCAGUGGCCAGAGCACAGAAAGCAACAGCGCCCCCAACGGACCGCAGCAACACGCCACCAGCCCUGACACAAGCAAGGCAACACCUUCGGUUGUGGAUUUCCUACAGCCAGAUCUUAACAAACAUCCAGACACACCCACAGGAGUUCCUCGCAGACCUGUGCUGCCCACACAGAGGGCAGGAGAGCAGGGUUUCUCUCAACAGUUUGUGCGUCCUCAACAGCUGCUGGAGGGCAAGGAUGCUGAGGCCAUCUAUCAGUGGCUGAGUGAGUUUCAGUUGGAGCAGUACACUGUAAAUUUCCUCAACGCUGGCUAUGAUGUACCUACCAUCAGCAGAAUGACCCCAGAGGAUCUCACGGCUAUUGGUGUGACUAAACCAGGUCACCGUAAGAAAAUUUCUCUGGAGAUUGGCAACCUCAGCAUUCCAGAAUGGCUCCCAGAGUACAUACCACAGGAUCCUGGGGAGUGGCUGAGCGCCAUAGGAAUGCCUCAGUAUCAUAAGAAACUCUCUGAGAAUGGCUAUGACUCGAUAAACAUUGUCCGAGAUCUCACAUGGGAAGACUUACAGGAGAUUGGCAUCAUCAAACUAGGUCAUCAGAAGAAAAUGAUGCUUGCAGUGAAGAAGUUGUGUGAUAUUCAUAAGGCUCUUCUGCAGGCAGAAUCUGGGCAGGGCACACUGUGGCGCAAAACCCCCGCAGCCCUAGACCUGGUCACUAUUGAGCCACCUCCUGAGAGCGGCGACCUCCCCUCGCCCCACACGCCCAAGAUGAUGACUUUCCAGGACAGUGAGCUAAGUACUGAGCUACAGAGCGCCAUGUCCUCCCACUAUAGUGGCUGUCAGGAAGGGCUGGCCAUCAAGAACGCAGUAGGAAUGUCUUCCAGUCAGGAGAGCAUUGACACACGUUCUCGAGGCUCCGGACGCUCUCAGGAGCCCCCCAGCACACCGUCCUCCACUUCUGCUGCGACCCCUUAUAGCGGCUCCCGAGAGAGUUUAACCAGCCCAGACAGCAGUCCUGCUAAAGAGCGCAACAUUCCAGAAGGCCGUGACCAGGUCCCACGUCCUCAGCUACCACAGCAGCUGCCAUUCAGUGCGUCCACAGGCUUUAAAUACCCCACGGUGCCUGCCAAACCCAAACUGAGCUCUGCUCCUUCUCCACAAGGCUCUCCUGCUCACAAAACCCUUAAUUAUCCACGUUCACAAUAUAACAGUGCCACGCUUGACCGUCACUCUCCUAAUGUGACUAAGAAGCGCACACAGAGUCUGUCCCGGUAUGCUUUGUCGGAUGGUGAACCAGAUGAAGAGGAUGAUGAAGCAGCUCAGCUAGCCAGCAUGGCCAUGCCUUCGUAUGCCACACUGAGCCGCAAGCCUACCCGUGGCCAGCUGGCACGACUUCAGCAGUCCGUCAGCCGAAGCCACUCUUUUGCCAUUAGGGCUCGACGUAAAGGGCCUCCUCCACCACCACCCAAACGCCUUAGCUCCGUCAGCAGCAGCAGCAGCACUAGUGUUGAAACUGUCUCUGACGCUCCAGCAUCACCUUCUGGAGGAGCUGAGAACGGCAGAUCCGGGACCGUAAAGAGUAUUGCAGCUGCAUUAGAAACGGUCCUACCUGUGCCUACGGUGGAGCUCCUUCCGGAAACCACUACAGCUGUUUCCAGUACCAACGAAGGGUUCAGACGCAGACCUCUGAGUCAGAGUGAAUCCAGCCCAGUACCCUCCAAAGCAGAUACUGAUAGAGCGACAAAGUCUGACUCAGAAGAGGAGGAUGCAACAAAGGAUUCAGGCCUGGAGAGCUCAUCCUCGCCUCAGAACAGCUCUAGUGAGUGCAUCCCUUUUGCAGAGGAAGGCAACCUCACUAUCAAACAGAGGCCCAAAGUUGGCGGGCCUCUCAAGGCGGAGACCACUUCUGAGUUGCCAGAGAAAGCCAAACCAGCCAAAACCCCUGAAGUGCCAGAGUUCAACCUUAAAGAGUCAGACACAGUGAAGAGACGACAAAAGCCAAAAGAGAAAGAGCAGCCAAACCCAGCGUCCGACAGCAGUGCAGACGGCACGUCAGUUUUAGAGACUCAGGGCAAGGUGAAGCUCCGCAUCAGUGAAACAGAUAUGAGUCUGCCAUGUGUGGAGCUUCCAACCAAACCAGUGAAAGCACCUCCAACUCUUGCUCCCAAACCUCCCAGUCCCCUGAAUCCAACACGGCACGCCUCUAAACCAGAUCCUGCUCCUAUAACAGCUGUCGGCUCUAGCGUGACACUGAGUGUUGUACAGAGUGUCGCCUUUGCAGGACCUCAUUCUCCAAUCCCAUACUCCCCCUCGCCAGAGAACACGGUUCAGAGUGCGAUAUCAGGAAGCCUCCAGGCUCUGAUGGAAGGGGAUCAAGGGUCAACACUGAAACAUCAGAGGCUGGAGAAGACCAGCUCAUCCCUGGAGGAAGCACUGAAGGCUGUGGAGAGAAAACUAACUCUGGAGAACAACAACGUGGGCGUUUCUCCCGUAGUGAAGUCUGCAGGGAACAUCCUGGAUGACAUCGGGAACAUGUUUGAUGACCUGGCUGAUCAGCUAGAUGCUAUGUUGGAUUAAAGAUUCUCAUGGAUGGAGCUGUUUAUUUUUUUGAUGACCCAGAAACAGGAGGGUAGAGAUCUACGUAUAGCAGCAUGGUUUCUUAUAAUUCAGAUGGAGAGCAGAGAUUAACUCUUUAACACAAAAGUGGGAACCUCCACUGAUCUUCAUUUAUAAGGACCACACAGAUAUUUAUGGACCAGUCUUCUGACUAAUGUCAGUCUAGAUGUCAUCUAUAUUUGUUUGUUUAUUGUAAUUCCAGCGGCUAAUCAAUCAGCAUAUAUAUUUGUUUUUCUUGGUUUUUUUUGUCCUGUCAUUGUUUUUUUGGGCUGAACUGUGGACUGAACUGUGACCCCAAUGAACUUUACAUGACGGACCCAGAUAAAAGAAAUGCACUUAGGAGAAUCAUUCCUAAAGCAAUAUAGAUUUCAAAACACUACACUGAUUCAAAACAUUUCUAGAAAGACUAAUGGGAUAGUUCACCCAAAAAGUGACAAUUCUGUCAUGAUUUACUCAUCCUGCCUUGCUGUGAGACUUUUGAAUAAACUUUAUGCAGCUCUUUUCCAUACAGCAAUAAGUUAUAGUGACCUGCUGUCAAAACAAAAUAACACAUGAUGACAAUUUUCGUUUUUUGAGUGAACUGUUCCUUCAACAUAACUACUUUUCAAAGCAUUUAAGCUCUAAAAAAGUAGCUUGUGACUUAUCCAUUUCAGCAGGUAAACAGCCUUUGGGAGGUUUUGUGCUUGUACCCUUUUUUUCUUAAUGACUUUGCAGAUUUGCAGGUUAAAAUACAUGACUGACAUUUAUUUUUGUAUGAAAGUGUGGUCUUAAAGGGAACAUGAUGAAAACAGUAACACUGCCUUAAGUAACUAGAGCAGCAUCAAUGUACAGCAAGCAAUUCAGGUUUAAGUUACCACAAAGUAGUCUUUAAACUUAAAUUAGUCCAAAUAGUAUUUAAACUUUAUCAGAAUAUGUAUAUUGUACACUAAAGGUAUAUUUGAUUGGGAAGCAAACCU